AAACAACAUCGAAUGUUCCUUUAAUUCUUUCAGUAGUGGAGUCUGCAAGUUGAGCCGCCAGUUUCAAAAUAUGGAGCCCCAGCUGUUUUCGUUGGAUGGGUUUUUCGCUGAGUUUUCGAAGUGCACCACGCUGCUUCAGUCAAUAUCUCGUAGCACUGUUAAACUGGGCUUUACUCGUAACCCUGUAGCCUUGGGUUGUGAAUUCUUACAGAUGGAAGAGGCUUAUGCUGGCCUACCUACUGUUUACAACUCCAGACGCAUGAUAAAGCAGAUUAAAAUUUGUUUAAAAUCGUUGCAAGAUGUGUCGAACCAGUCUAUCCCUUCUGUUCGGCCAUUGUUAACACGAAUUGAACUAUUUGGGAUCCUGACCUCAUGUUUGAACCUUUUUGAAGUGUCGUCAUCAAUAUGGAAAAUAAUGUUUACAAUAUCUGACAAUUCUGGAAGAUUUUUGGAUGCUUCGUAUGCUUUAGUAAACUACGCCCUUUCAAAAGUUUUCUCACACGAAGAAAACGUUUCGGUGUAUGAUAUUUUGAAAUCAGUUCGUAACGAGGUUCUAAUGGUUCUUCAAAAUAGUCAAGAGAUUCUGGAGUCCUCACAUGAAGCCUGUGUAACAGGUAGACUACCUACUCCACACGCACACUUCCAGUCGGUUAUUAUAUCUUUAGGAAGGGCUUAUAUCGAACACUAUUGUGAU